UCUUUUGCUUUUGUGUUCUUCAUUCGUUUGCUAGACUUCGUUGAGUUUUGUUGUCUGUCGCUGGUUGACAGCGCGAGCUAAAUGCGAAAAACUCUCGAUCUGUCAAUUGUUUUUCGUUGUGCAAAAGUGUUGUGUGUUUUGUCGUUCUCUCCUUGUGUGUGCAAAAAAAUAUAACAAACGACAAAUAUUUUUAAUGACUUUCGUGUACGAUUUUAUGAAUAAAUAAAUAAAUAUCAAAUUCGCAACGAAUCGAAAUAAAAAUUAUAUAAAAAAGUGAAAAAAAGUCUUUCUCAGUCGCGUGACGCCAAGAAAAAAGUCAAGUCAGUCUUUCAGUGUGUGUAGAGUGUGUAAAAGUUUUUUGUUUUGAUUUCUUUCUUUUCCAUCUUUUUUGAUUAUUAUUUAUUAAUUGAUUAACCUUACCUUGUCUCUUAUCAACAAAUUUUGCAAAUUGAAGGGCUUUUGUAUAAUGUUUAAUUGAAAUUAACACAAAUUUAAGUCAAAUUCCAACAAAGGAUUAUUUUGUUACAAAUCAACAACUCUUCACAUAAAACAACAACAAAAACAACACCCAACAGAAAUCAUGUCGAAGGAAGACGAUGGCGAGCUUGACCCGCGAAUUCAGAUAGAGUUGGAGAAUCUCAAUACCGCAACAGAUCAAAUUAACAAGCUAGAGAUUGAACUAGAGGAAGCAAACUCAACAUUCCGCAUCCUAUUAAAUGAAUCCACACGUCGUUUAAAACUCUCAUCGAAGAAACUAGGCAAUUGUAUUGAAAAAGCACGUCCAUAUCAUGAGGCAUUGGAGAAAGCACGCGAAGCACAAAUUGAAUGUCAGAGAGUGGCCGUCAAGUUUCAGAGGGCAAAUGAAAUCCAUGCAGCAGCUAAGGAAACAGUUGCACUAGCCGAACAACGAUUUAUGUCUAAUUCACAUGAAUGGCAAUUCGACAAUGCGUGGCAGGAAAUGCUAAAUCAUGCCACACAAAAAGUAAUGGAUGCGGAAAAACAAAAGGCUGAAAGUCACGCAGAACAUCAAUUGAAGGCGAGGUUAUUCAAUGCUGCCGAAAUGAAGGUCCAACAAUUAGAAGAACGUUUCCGUCGUAGCAUAGCAAAAUCACGCCCUUACUUUGAAGAGAAGCAAAUCUGCCAGGAUCAAUUGCAAACCCAAAAGAAUCGCAUCCAAGAACUCCAAGCACAAGUUCAAAACGCUAAACAAACAUACUCAACUGCAUUACGCAAUCUCGAACGCAUUAGCGAUGAAAUCCAUCGCCAGCGUGGUGAUUUCGUAGCCAUGACAACACCACCGCCGGGUCCCAGAGAACCCGGUGUUGGCGCUGAACUAGCAUCCUUGCCAGACUUUAAUCUCGAACUAGAACGCUGUGAUCUUCCAUCGAUGGGCGGCAGUGAGAUGUCUUUGACAACCACAACUAGCAGCUCGGUGCGAAGCGAACGAGGCGGCGAUGGUGGCGCCGACAUGGAAACGGAUAACGAAGACGAACAACAACAACAAAUUGACGAAGACCUUGUCGAAGAGUUGCGAAAGAAGGUGAAAACUUUGGCUGUUCGCCCAGUCGAAGGAGGCGAUGGCCAACAAGAGCAAGAUGUUUGGGAGAGUGAAUUGAAUGCAACUGUUGACAAGUUGGAUCAUUUAAUGAUGAUGAAAGAAUGUGCUGCAAUGAGUAGCACUAAAUUAAAUGAGAAACCAUUUGCUCAGCAACGACCCCAAUCAGUGUUGGGUGCUGAAGCAAAAGGUCCUCUUAUAAAAAUCUCUCCAACGGCAGUGAGUGAUAUUUUGAGUGAUGAUGCCGUUUCCAGCCUUCCAGUUACACCACAAAAACAUUCCGCUGCCAUAAAGAAGUUGAAAGCUUUAGAACCGCUUCCAUCGGUGAAUGUUUCGAUGCGUGAAUUGCCAUUGUUAGCUCGGUUAGAUACACGUGCUGGCGGAUAUUCUAAGCAGCGUAGAAGAUCACUCGAUUAGGGAAAAAUAGUGUAUGUAUAUCAUAAGAUUAAACCGAGGGGUAGAAACAGAGCGAAAAAGAGACCGUUUACUCAAUUCCUGUUUGCAAAAAUAACUCACAAUUAAUUUAAUGUUAUAAUAUAGAAAAAUAAAAAUUGAAAUAAUGAAAAACUGCGACUUCUUAGAAAUUAAAUUUAUAAAAAAAAAUCUGAAAAUUGAGGUAGUGUUAAAAUAGAGAGGCAGUCAAAAAAUAUCGAAAAAGCUUUUUUGUUCAAAUUUAUCAGUUUCAAAAAAUCACAAUUAAAAAAAGGGAUUUUUGUGUUUGUUGGAUCAGUUUUUGACAGAAACCUUAUCAAGUUUUUGAAAUAAUUAAAUUCAAUCCUCGAUUUCUUAAAUACUUACGCUGUAUCUCUCUCUUUUUUAUUACUCUCCUAAUUAUUUUCAGAAUGUGUGCAAUUCUAAGAGCACCUCACUGAGCGUCAUAGAAUACAAAAAAUAUUCCUUAAAAAUUAAAUUAAAACAAAAAUCACACAACUACAUAAAUUUAAAUUACACGAAAUAAAUAUAAAAUAAAAAGAAAAAACAAACAGUGCAAAUUAUUUUAAAAAUAUAUAGAAAUCAGAAAAACAUCUCAAAAGUGUUAUUAUUUUGCAAUAUUUGCAUAGAAUUAAAAAAAAAAUUAAAUAGUUUUAAAACAAAUUAUCUUAAACAAAAAUGAAACUUUAUUUUUCAGCAAACAACAAAAAAAUUAAUUAUUUUUCUAAAAAACAAAAAAAAAAUUGAAUACUUCUUUAACUCUAGGAAAUAAACAUUAUUCGAUUAAAUGUCUGCUUAAAAUCACAAUUUUUGGAAAAUAUUAAAAAAAAAAAAACUCGAAAAACUUUAACUUCUAGAAAACUAAAUAAUAAUUGUUGAAUGUUUGAAAAAAGUAAAUAUAAUAAAAGUUUGUUGUCGGUUGUUAUAAAAAAAAAAAUUACCCUGAAUAAGAAAGUUAUUUUCGUUUGUUGAAAAAAUUUGUUUUCCAAUUAUACAUGAAAAUUAAAAAAAAAAAUUAACUAAUUAUUUUUUAUAUAGAAAAUAGGUUUAAAAGCGCAAAUAAUAUUUAGUUAGUGCAACUCUUACACAGACACAAAAAGAAAAACACAGAA